AUGGCGGACUACCUCCCUCGGAGCAUCGCAUGGGCCACUGCUGACAACCGCGCCUGCACCAUCCUCCUCGGCGCACUCCCUGAUACCCUCAUGCGCCGUUUCCAAGCUCGCGAGAUGCGCGCCUCCCUCAUCUGGGCCGAGCUCAAGGCCAUGUUCGAGCGUCGCGACAUCAGCUCUGUCGGCGCCCUGUUCCAGGAGUACUUCUCCAUCACCCUCGCCACUUGUGAUGGCGCAGUUGACUACGUGGGGUGCAUGCAGGAGGUCGCUGAUCGCCUUGCGGCACGCCAAGCUGCCCUCCCCGAGCCCCUGCAAAUCCACUGCCUCCUCUACAACCUCACCCCGGACGAGUCCCGCCUCCAUGCCUUCACUGAGGCCAACCCCAUGGCCGGCCUCGACGACGUGGUCCAGUGGAUCAUUGACACGGAGGUCAAGCUCCGCACCCUCGUUGUCAACCUUACCACCUCUCAGUCCUCCUCCUCCACCUCCCUCAACGCUACGCAGCCGCGCAACCAGGGUGGUCGCAGCGGCGGCGGCGGAGGCCGUGGAGCGGGUGGCGGUGGUGGUGGUGGAGGCCGUGGUGGUGGCGGUGGUGGUAGUGGUGGCCGUGGUGGCCGUGGUGGCGGUGGUGGUGGUGCUGGCAGCGCCCCUGCUGGAGGUGCUUGUUCCCGACACUUCUGGUAG